GGGUGGGAUACGUUACUAAUCGAAGCGAGCAAAAGCCCCAAAGCAGAGAGUCAUCGGGUCGACCGACGGAAUCGGGCCCUGCUGAAAGAUUGUCGCGCUGCAUCCCACGCAAAAGGGAACCGAAGUGGGAAUAUCGAACAGCGGUCCAUCGAAGCUGUCUAUGCCAUUUCGCUGUGUGGCCCUCCGUCGUGUCUGCAACUGAUGAACCAUUUUCCGGACAAGCACACGGCUAAACGAAUGUAGCGAAUUCAGUGAGCUGGUUUGUAGCGGCGAGUCCCGGUGGAAAACAAAAGCGCAACGAAAAGCGAAACUACGAGGCCAAGUCCCAAAUUUCAACUCGGGCCUGGCGAUUAUGUGAAUCGCUUUUCUUGUGUCAGUCGUGUGCGUGUGCGGUCUGUGAGCGUGUGGUUGUGUAUGUGAGUGGGGUACGUACGUGCGUGCGUGCAUCGCGUGUGUGUGCAUGUGUGUAUGUGCUCUAGUGGGUGCCCAAGGAAAAGGGCGCAGUGGUUGAGCACGGGGCAAUAGUGGUUUCUGUGAUUUUCCGUGUGCCGUGAAAAUUGUGUCAACCAGCCCGAGUCAGCGCAACCUCCAUCGGUCAGCAGCAGCUGCUGAAAACUCACGCACACGAAGAUAAUAAUCCCUCCUCUUUGACAGGCGGUGGGAUUAGCAGAGUUGCCCCAGUACACACCGUGCAUGGCGGUGGGCCUCGUGAGGUUUUUGCCCCGAGUCUUGGAAGCAAAAUAUUUCCACUUACAAGCCGUUCGGCGGUGAACCACAACAAAAAGCAUCAGCAUACAGAACCGCGGCGGAAAAGAGUCGCAUCGAUACCUGUCAAGUAGGCCGCGAGUUUUCGAGACAGAGCAUUGUGCUCGCUAUACCGUCGAGUGUAGAAUCGGAGUGAUAGAUAGCGGCGGUGGCGGCGGAUAUAGUGUGCAUCGAUCCCUUCCGUCCGCUGCGAACGCUUGUUGUGCGGCCUGUUUCUUCUUCACCGAGCAGCGCCAUAACUGCCCCGCCUGUGCUUGGAGGACGGCUUCGGAAGUGAAAAAUAAUGAGUCGCCAUGAAGGGGUUAGCUGUGAUUCAUGCCUGAAAAGUAACUUCCGCGGCAGACGGUACAAGUGUCUGAUCUGCUAUGACUACGAUCUGUGUGCGAACUGCUACGAGGAGGGCGCCACGACCACUCGCCACUCGGCCGACCACCCGAUGCAGUGCAUACUUACGCAGUCGGACUUCGAGCUGUACUACGGCGGCGAGGUGCUGCCACCCGACCAGCCCCAGUCCUUCACCUGUCCGUACUGCAAGCGUAUGGGUUUGAGUGAUGCCGCACUCCUGGAGCACGUCAGUGCCGAGCACACCGACACCGGGCUGGAGGUUGUCUGUCCGGUGUGCGCCGCCUUGCCCGGUGGCGAACCGAACUUCGUAACGGAUGACUUUGCCCGCCAUCUAAGCCUCGAGCAUCGCAGCGGAUCCCGCGAUCUCAUCUCGUUUCUGGAUGAACCAUCAGCGAUCCGUCAUGGGGGAGUACGACGGAUGCCGCACUCGGGUCGAGCGCUCGGUGGACCACGCUCACGUCGCUCGAACAUGCACUUCAGCUCAUCCGGUGGCGGCCUGUCGACACUGUCACCAUCGGGCCGCGAAUCGGUCGAUCCGAUCGCGGAACUGUUGCAGCAGCUGUCCAACGUUCGGCGUGGCGGAGCCCCUCAACCUUCCCAGCUGCAGCAGCUGCACAUGCAGAUUCAGCUCGAACGGCAGCAAGUCACUGCCGCUCGUCAACAGUUGGAGCGGCUACCAAGACGACAGCAGCAGCCGACGGUCGUCUCCACCGCCCCGAGCGGUGCAACCGGUGUCAACAACAAUGCGAUAGGCAGCAGCCAGGCCAACUCGAACCACACAAUCAUCACACUGAAUGCCGGUGGGCGCGAUGCACCGAUCGCUGCAGCGUCCUCGUCGAUGCCGGUACCGAUCGGUCUGGUCGGUGUUAGCAACAUCCUCGGCCCGAUCGGUGGUUCCGGUGGACCCGCGACCGGAUCGAGCUCGCAGCAGCAGCAGCAACAGCAACAGCAGCAAUCGCAGUUUUUGAUGGCACGCUUCAUGGCACCCACAAUGGAUGAGGCCGAGCAAGCGCAGCUGGAACGCGAUCGAGCUGACAGAUCGCAAUUUGUGCAAGCUUUAAUGUUAUCAACCAUCGCAAACAUUCAAUCGUUCAAUAAGAGCAGCAGCACCGCCGCCGCCGACGAAGAAUUGUCCGAUGAGUUGAGUUCAUUGAAUUUAGGCGUUGGAAAUACUAGUAGUACCGUUAACAAUAGUGUAAGGAGGUCUCAGCCGCUAGUGGACGACGGUGGCGAGGAGGGAGGACUGGAUGGUGACGGAGGCGGUACUGGUGGUGCUACGACGGCUGAAUCCGGCAACUAUGGCGGCGAGAAGGAGGACGGUGGUGGUGGCAAUUGUGAUAGUUUCAAGCUUGGUGCCGAUUCGCAGGCACGGGCCGGGCAGCAGCAGCAUGGAUCCACUGGCGGUGGCAAACCCGGCAAAGGACAGCCAUCUGCCAAGCCUGGUGCUGGAGGUGGCGGCGGUGGCGGUGGAGGGGCCGUUGAGCGCAGGACGUCAUCACGCCAAACGCCUCCCUCGUCCGGUGGCGGAAAUGCUGCCAAAGCGCGCGAAAUGAAACAAGCGAACGCUGCGUCCAAUACUUCCUCGUCGGUGUCCUCGAGACAGCACCACGUGCCAGACCCCAGGUAGUGUUUGGUCGUCGAAAUGGUGGUAUAAAUUAUUUAGCAAGAAAGAGCAAGCGAGAGAGAGAGCGUGGGAGAGGAAGCGAGAAAGCCAACAGCAGCAGCAGCGUACGCAAACACAACAAUAUCUAUCCGUUUCCUAAUCGAAUGCAGAAUGAGGCCAGCAAAAGGGAAGCAAAGGGAUUGGGUCUUCUAAGCGGAAGCCGAUCGAUAGGAAUGUGGAUGGAUGCUGCCGUGUCCUUCGUGUGUGUGUGUAUGUGUGUGUGUGGUAAGGGAAACAGCGCUCAGCUCAUUGACCCCUUUGUCUCCCACCCCGCUUGCCUCGUUGUCGCCUUGGAUCGAAGGAUGAAAAUGCAACACAAACAGAAAGCAUAAAAAAUAAAAUAAAACGUAAAAAUUAUUAUGUGUGAUCAGCAAAAACAAAAACCAACUAAGCAAAGCCUAGCAGAAAGGAUAGAUUGUCUCUAUAUUCGAAACACGGCACAGCAGAGCAAGCACACCAAGGGGCGCCUCGCCAUGUCUGGGAAGGGAAUUCUUACCGCUCUCACUGUGAAGAAAUGUGUAUUUCGUGGUAAAACCGCGUGAUGCGGAACGCCUCAGCGCGGUUGGAAACGCGAAACUAAACAAAGUCACGCUACAAAAAGAAGAAAUAGUAAUCGAGCAUACAAAAAGCAAACACUAAUUAUAAAUAUCUUGUAAUAAGAAGAAAUGAACACAAAAAUAAGAAAUGAUUUCUGGAAACAGCAUCACGGUUUGGAAUCCUUUAUAAUCUUGCGAGUCGAAUCACUGCACCACCCAAACAUACAGUCACACCAUUAAAGUUUAAACACUCAUACAGAAGAUAGAGGAUGCGACAGUUAUGUGGAAGUUUUUGGAACCGUUGAGAAAGGGCAAUGUGUCGAAACAAUUAGCAUUCACAUACAACUCACUUCCGAGC